UUGGUUUUUAUUCAGAGGGAAAAGGCUGACUUCCGCUCAUGAGGCGGGGCGUGCUGUUACCUAGCGAGAGACGAACCUGUCUAGGUGUGGUCAGGAUGUUUUUAUCCGAAGCCGCAGUUUCACUUGACCUGUUUCAGCUGAGGACUCUUACAACGUAGCAGAUCAGCACCAAGUGGAUCAGAAGUUAUGUCUUCCAGUCCCGUAGGAAGCCCUCCUCCUUACGAGGCAGAUAAUGACCAUAAAAUCAUUCCGCAGCCUGCCUAUUCUUACUACCCAGAUGAUGAGUUCCAGCAUUUCUACCGCUUGACGUCUCCACCAGGCGUCCUCAAAAUCAUGGCUGUCAUUUGCACUUUUUUGUGCUUGCUUAUAUUUGCUUGCGUUGCCUCCACACUGGCUUAUGACUCUCAGGGAGCAUUGUCUGGUUUUGGAGGCAUUGGCGGCUAUGGUGGCAGCUAUGGCGGCUAUGGUGGCAGCUAUGGCGGCGGCUAUGGUGGCGGCUAUGGCGGCGGCUUUGGCGGCGGCUAUGGCGGUGGCUAUGGAUAUGGAGGAUAUGGUUACAGUUAUGUUGAACCACGUUCAGGCAAAGGGUUUAUGAUUGCCAUGGCAGCCAUUGUGUUCAUCUUCGUACUCACUGUCUUCAUCGUCAUUGUAUCCCGUCAAAGCCUAUCAGAGAGCAGGAGGUUCUACCUGGCUGUGGUGAUCAUCUCUGCCAUCCUAGCCCUGUUUAUGCUUAUAGCCACCAUAGUAUACUUGGUGGCAGUGAACCCAUCGGCACAGUCAUAUGGAACGCUUCAAGGCAACACCCUUACUGCACUGUGUGCUCCCUACCAACAGCCGCAGUCCUCAGCACUAUUUGUUAAUGAAUACCUUUACCAUUACUGCGUGUUUGAGCCACAAGAGGCCAUUGCCGUUGUGUUUGGCUUCCUGGUGACAGCAGCUCUGAUUAUCAUGCUGGUCUUUGCACUGAAGACGCGGCAGAAAAUCCAAAAUUUUGGCAAAAGCAACAUUUUGUGGAAGAAAGUGAAAGUCAUCGAUGACUUGGCACCACCUCAGGAUGUAGAGGCAUGGGUGAACAAUGUGUCUGCUACGCCUGGAGAAGUUCCCAUUUCAGACUACCCAGAAAAACUAAGGAGCUCCAGGAGUCAUCUGGAUGAUGAAAGCACAAACUAUGACAAACCACCAUACAGCUACAGCCCUCAGCCUGUUGUCCAGGAACUGCCACUGCAAAGCAGGCCUCCCUACAGCAGUAUCUCAGAAGUGGCAAGUUCAGCUGGAUAUUCCAGAACGAGACGACCAGGUCGGCCCCGCCACGCAGACGGACAGGACUACGACACAGAUUACAACUCCUCUGGAGACGAGCUGGAUGACAACGAUUUUGAUAGUGAAUUUCCUCCAAUAGCAAAUGAGCAAGAGCGCAAUGACUACAAGCGUGAAUUUGACCAUGACCAUCAGGAGUACAAAGAUCUGCAGGCAGAGCUUGAUGCCAUUAACCAGAACCUUUCAGCAGUGGACAGAGAGCUGGAUGAACUGGAGGAGGGAAGCCCACAGUACCUGGAUGCUUUGGAUGAGUACAACAAGAUAAAGAAUAUGAAAAAGUCUUCAGAUUAUCAGGUGAAGAAGCGCAGGUGUAAAUAUCUGAAGUCCAAACUGAACCAUAUCAAGAAGAUGGUCAGUGAUUACGACCGCAGGACCUGAAAUAAAAAUGUGUGAGGACUGUACGCCUGUCUGAGACUGGACAGGAGAACCUGAAUCAAGUCACUCUUGGAUUAACGGCAGGAUAAAUCUACAGUGACUUACACUGAAAGGGUUACAACUGCCUGGCUGUUCAUAUUUUAGCACAAAAAAAACCAACCCCCCCCCCCCAAGUUGUAUUUCUGUCUUGUAUUUUGUGCUACUGUUUGUAUUGGUAUAAAUAAGGAACUUUCAUAGAUUCUAUUGUAUGUAUUUAUUUAGCCCCAUUUGAUCUGAAUAGAAGUCUAGUAGUAGAGUCCUACUACGUGGCUAUAGACUGUUGAGCACAAAAUCACACACAAUUCCAAAGUUGAAUGUCUUUUGCUCAUAGUAACUUGCUUUUACUGUCUCUUAAGUUUUAAGUCCAUUCUACUUCUACAUGAUAAACAAAAACAUGUAAAUAUGUAGCAAACAAUGUUUUUAGCAGUUUGUGGUAAUAAGUGACCUUAUGUGUUAAAGUCUGUUAAUUGAUGACAGAAUAGACAUUUUGACUAAGCAUGUUUAAUGCAUAAUGAUGUGUUUUUAACAGUGGUUUGUGGUACAUUUUUAAUAUAAUAAAAUCAAGUUUUUCCAUCCAA